AUGGAUCGUUCCCGGUCAGCUUCCGUUGAUGAUGAAAAGUUUUCAGCUGCAUCUGAGCAGUCGUUGAGAUUGCGCCAAAUUUCCGAGGCCAGGGCUGAGAAAGCAGAGGCGAUUCGCCAUGCAUGCGACUCCCAUGACCUGAAGGCAUUGAUAUCGCAUGCCACCACAGAAGGUGGCUUGUUGGAAGAUGAAUUGCGACAGAUAGCAUGGCCGAUCUUGCUUCAAAGCGAUGAACACGCUCGGCGACACAGCCUAAAGCCUCAAAAUGAACUACCCCCACACGCCGACGAUGACCAGGUCCAACUUGAUGUCCAUCGGUCUUUUGUCUAUUACCCAAAUGGUCAGUAUAUCCCGGUGGUAGGAUGUCUGCAUCGUGGCAUCAAUGCUGACUCGAGCCCAGCUCCGGAGGACGAGCUCUCAACAAAGAAAGAGCAAUUAUCUGACCUUAUUACGCAGGUCCUGCGAAACUACCCAAGACUAUGUUAUUUCCAAGGAUAUCAUGACAUCGUCCAGGUCUUGCUCUUAGUUUUGGGUAACCAGAAGGCUGCGCCAGCCAUGGCACAGCUAUCACUAUUCCGCAUUCGAGACUAUAUGCUCCCCUCGCUUUCACCCGCCUUGAAGCACCUCCAGCUAAUACCCGCAAUAAUUGAAACGACGGACCCUGCAUUGCGGCGACAUCUCGGCAAUAUCCAACCAUUCUUUGCUCUUGCCGCUACCCUGACCUUGUACGCCCAUGACAUCCAAGAGUACAGUGACAUUGCACGGCUUUUCGACUUUCUCCUAGCUCGGGAGCCAGUCGUCACUAUCUAUCUCUUCGCGGCCAUCAUUCUCUCUCGCAAAAAAGAGCUCUUGGAGAUUCCGGUGGAAGAACCAGAGAUGCUUCAUUUCACGCUUUCAAAACUCCCCUGCCCGCUUGACCUCGAUAGCCACAUUUUGAAUACGGCCCAAUUGUUUACGGACCACCCACCAGAAUCGCUGCCCUUUGGGGCCUGGAAGCGUAUUCCUCGCUACAGUGUACUCAAGACCUCCCGAAACCCAUUCCACAAGUACACAGUAGAAGAAGCAAUGCAACUGUUUGACCAGCAGACACGGCAGCUACGGAACGAGGAGCGCAGGAAGCGGGCAGUCGAGUUCGCGUGGAGUCACCGGCGUACGGUAGGGUCUGUGGCACUGGCGAUUCUGGUCGGGGCAGCAUCAAUAUACAUUCGAAAGAAGGGCCUUGACACGUCGAUUUGGGCAUUUGUUGGCCGAAUCUACGCGGCGAUCAAGAGCUAG